AUGCCCACCUCAUUCUCUUUCAAAUUUGACACCCCUGCUUACAAGGGCGUCACGUCCUUUGAAACGGGUUUGUUCAUUGACGGAAAGUUCGUCGAUGGCUCGGAGGGAACAACAAUCGAGGUCAUAAACCCAAGUUCGUCAUUCUUCAAUCCUGCGAUGUCAUCAAAACUGAGGCGUUACACCUGCAGCACCGUCUCGGAGGGUACUCCGAAGGAUGUCGAUCGCGCCGUCGAGGCCGCCCAGAAAGCCUUUGACACCUGGGGUCUGAAUGCUCCUGGGAGUCAGCGUGCCAAUAUUCUCUGGAAACUUGCCCAGGUCAUGGAGGACGCCGCCGAUGAGUUGGCGGCGCUGGAGUCACUCGAUAACGGUACAACCAGGCAGAAUUUUAGCUUGACAGUACACUCAUAUCCACCGAACUACAGGAAAAACGUACAGCUGGUCCCACGGAACGGAUGUUCCUUGUACUAUGCGGGUUGGGCCGACAAACACGGUGGCAAAACCCUUGAGGUGCAGUUUCUCAAACCUCUCCCCUGCGGGAGUCCGACUGACUGGAAUCUUUGUCAGACGAACGAAGAUACCUUUGCGUAUACUCGCCAUGAGCCCAUUGGAGUUGUUGGACAAAUCAUUCCUUGGGUCUAUGAUGAGUUCCUCCAGAAGUUCACCGAGAAGGCAAAGAGUAUCAAAAUCGGCGACCCAUUCGACGAGGGAAUAGACCAAGGUCCUCAGAUCUCGAAAAUCCAGUACGAUCGUAUUAUGGGGUACAUCGACUCGGGGAAGGCAGAUGGUGCCCAUGUCCAUCUCGGGGGCGGGCGUGUCGGAGAGGAAGGCUACUUUAUCGAACCUACCAUCUUCACUAAUGUAUCCGCUGAGAUGAAGAUCGUCAAAGAGGAGAUAUUCGGACCGGUUGGCGUGAUCAUCAAGUUCGAAGACGAGGAGGAUAUCGUCCGACAAGCUAACGACACCACGUACGGUUUGGCGGCUGCUGUUUUCAGCCGUGAUAUCAACCAAGCCAUUCGAACUACUCAUAAACUAAAGGCUGGAACCGUGUGGGUUAACUGCUACAACACUUUCUACCCUUCCGUUCCUUUCGGAGGGUACAAGCAAUCAGGUAUUGGGAGGGAACUUGGAGAAUACGCCCUGAGCAACUACACCAACGUCAAAGCAGUGCAGAUCAACUUGGGUAACGCAUAA